CCGCCCGGUGAUAUUGACAAUAGGAGAGAGAAAGGGGCACUGACGGGGACCCUGCGCCGGUAGCGAACGGCGGCUCUGGCAGCGGCGGCUCAGGCGGCUCCAACUCUUCCUCCCGACUCCCGUGCUUGCUGCCGCUGCAAAUCCAGGCUCUCUCCCUCCUCCCCCUCCCCGCGUCGCCGCUGCCGCUGCCGCCGCCGCCGCCGCCGCCGCCGGGUCCGGUGCAACGAGCAGAGGCGCCGCCCGCCGGGAAUGUGAACGAAGAGCCGCCGGCGGAGCCGCAACCGGGUCGGUGCCGAUUUGAUGGGACGGGCCCGCGGGGGAGGCUCGUGAGGCCGCCGCUGCCACUGCCGGAGCGCUGAGGUUCGGGGCCAGCCGAGAGGCCUAGAAACACUGCCGCUACCGCGGAACCGGAGGGACGUCGCCCCGGACGGCUAUAGUAGCCCGGGUCUCUCCGCUGCUGCCCGGACCUCCCACCGUGCGUCCCGGGCCAUCGCCCGCCCCCGCCGCGGCCCCUAGCUCGCAGCCCACUCCGCGCAGCCACAGAUCAUCUUCCGAUUCUUCCCCAGGAGCUUCAAGUAGGGAUAUGUCCUCAGCACCAACUACUCCUCCAUCAGUGGAUAAAGUAGACGGAUUUUCUCGGAAGUCCGUCAGAAAAGCCAGACAGAAGAGGUCGCAAAGCUCCUCACAGUUUAGGUCUCAAGGCAAGCCCAUUGAGCUCACACCUCUGCCACUGCUGAAAGACGUUCCAACCUCAGAGCAGCCUGAACUGUUCCUAAAGAAACUUCAGCAGUGCUGUGUCAUUUUUGACUUCAUGGACACGCUAUCUGAUCUUAAAAUGAAAGAAUACAAGCGCUCCACUCUUAAUGAACUGGUGGACUACAUUACAAUAAGCAGAGGCUGUCUGACAGAGCAGACUUACCCUGAAGUAGUUAGAAUGGUAUCUUGCAAUAUAUUCAGAACUCUCCCUCCUAGUGACAGCAAUGAAUUCGACCCAGAAGAAGAUGAACCUACCCUUGAGGCAUCGUGGCCCCACUUACAGCUUGUAUAUGAAUUUUUCAUACGAUUUUUGGAAAGCCAAGAAUUCCAACCCAGCAUUGCCAAAAAAUACAUAGAUCAGAAAUUUGUAUUACAGCUUUUGGAGCUAUUUGACAGUGAAGACCCUCGAGAACGGGACUAUUUAAAAACAGUCUUGCACAGGAUCUAUGGCAAGUUUCUCGGGCUUAGAGCAUUUAUCCGAAAACAAAUUAACAAUAUUUUUCUAAGGUUUGUUUAUGAAACAGAGCACUUCAAUGGUGUAGCUGAACUGCUGGAAAUAUUAGGAAGUAUUAUCAAUGGCUUCGCUUUACCACUUAAGGCAGAACAUAAACAGUUCCUGGUGAAAGUGUUGAUCCCUUUACACACUGUCAGGAGUUUGUCACUCUUCCAUGCUCAGCUGGCGUAUUGUAUAGUACAGUUUCUGGAGAAAGACCCUUCCCUUACAGAACCAGUUAUUAGGGGGUUAAUGAAAUUUUGGCCUAAAACCUGCAGUCAAAAAGAGGUCAUGUUCCUUGGGGAGCUGGAAGAAAUCUUGGAUGUGAUUGAACCGUCACAAUUUGUUAAAAUCCAAGAACCUUUGUUUAAACAAAUUGCCAAGUGUGUUUCUAGCCCCCAUUUUCAGGUGGCAGAAAGGGCACUCUAUUAUUGGAAUAAUGAAUACAUCAUGAGUUUGAUAGAAGAAAACUCUAACGUCAUCCUUCCCAUCAUGUUCUCCAGCCUUUAUAGGAUUUCAAAAGAGCAUUGGAAUCCGGCUAUUGUGGCGUUGGUGUACAACGUGUUGAAGGCAUUUAUGGAAAUGAACAGCACUAUGUUUGAUGAGCUGACAGCCACAUACAAGUCAGAUCGUCAGCGUGAGAAAAAGAAAGAAAAGGAGCGCGAAGAACUGUGGAAAAAAUUGGAGGAUCUGGAGUUAAAGAGAGGUCUUAGCCGCGAUGGGAUAAUUCCAACUUAACAACAAUCUGACAGCGACACACUAACCCGUGGGUCACACGCUUAUGUAGUAGAAGGAUGGAGCAACAGUUUUCUGUAUUGUGCAACUUUACAGUAGAUUUCACAUUUGUCUCAUUAUUACAGCAGCACUGUAUAUACCUGUCUCUAAGUAAAGGAAAACAAAAGGGACUUCAAAGUGUGGCAGUAGAUGGACUCGCAGAACUCUGCAAACAUAAUCAUUGUUCUAACCCUCUUUAAAAACAAACAAACGAAAGGUCUACAGAGAUCUGUCGGGGAAAUUGCUAUGUUAAAUUCCAUUAUCAGGAGUUCCUUAUUUAUCACUAGCAGAGAGUAUGAUACAAUUUUCAAAUGUGAACAAUCUUAAAUUUAGCUUGUCUUUCUGCUAAGCUGUUAAAUGUAUUUAUAGUAAAGGAAGAAAAGAUUGUCAUUUCUUUAUAAGUUUGUAUAGCGCCCUCCUCUGGACAUGACUGUAACGUGACAUCCUUUCCUUUUGCACAUCUUCAUGAGUCCAAUGUCCACGUGGAACGGGGCUGUAAAUCGCAGAGGUCCCUGAUGAAGUUGGUAUGCUGGAUGAACAUCUUCCCAGCUGCCAGGUGGUCCUCAUACUCCUUUAGUUUUCAGAUUAGGAGUAAAAAAGAAGAGGUGGUAAGCAUGGUAGCCAAGGGAAUGCUGGGCUUCAUAUCAGAUAUGGUGAGUCCAAAUCAGUGUCUUGAAUCCUUUGAAAACAGGCAGUGGGACGUGCAGGCUUCAGCACCUGCAGCAGUAGCUGCAGACGUCAAUGUGCAUCCAGAUCAGAGACAAUUUAGAAAUGUCAGAGACCAUCCUGUCGGAUCCUAUGAAGAAAGAAAGACAGAACACUACACAGUAGAACCAUGAAGCUGAGCACCAGGACUGCGCACCCAUUGGAACCGAGUUGAGCAAACAGCACGGCUGUUUGGAGUUGUUGCCUUAUUUCCUAGCGUGGACUUACAAAGUAUUUCAGCAAACGAGGAUGCGGCCCCUGGGAAAAACAAAGCGCGGCCCCUGGGAAAAACUAAGCGCGUCCCCGUGGCUCUUUGUAGAUUCUCGUUCUAUAGCUCAUCACAGCGCCAGCCCUGUUUUUAGCCAGAAAGGAUUCAGGAUCAACAUUAUGCGUUCUGAAUUGGAUGCAUAUUCCUAACUACUGUAUUUGUUACCAAAAGUGGUUCUACAAAUGCUACUGAAAAAAAUCUGGAAAUUCCUAAUGUCCUGAGUAUUAAUAAUAAAGUUUAAAAAAUGCUUUUAUAUCAAA